CUUGCUCCUAGUUCCCGCCCAGCACAGCCCGCCCCUUGCCUGUGAAAGCUGCCGCUAGGAAUUGUGGGUGCGGCUGAGGCGGUAAAAUGGAGGACCUAGCGAACGAAGACAAACCAGCCUUAGCGCCUCCAGUGUUUGUGUUUCAAAAAGACAAAGCCCAAAAGAGGUCUGCAGAUGGAUCCAGUCCAGAGCAAGGUGAUGAUUCUGAUAAAGAGGAUGGAAGUUAUUGCCCUCCACCGAAAAGAGAACGGACAUCAUCCUUUUCACAGUUUCCCCCUUCUCAGUCAGUAACAAAGAACAAUGUAUUCAUGCCAUCCAGCUUCUGUCAGCCAUCCACUGGUAACUCAGACUCCGAUUUACACGAAAAAUCCAGUGGGUUCAGGCUAAAACCGCCUACGUUAAUCCAUGGGCAAGCUCCCAGUGCAGGACUCCCCAGCCAGAAACCUAAGGAACAGCAACGCAGUGUGCUACGUCCAGCAGUGUUGCAGGCCCCACAGCCUAAAGCUUUCUCACCACAAUUUUUCAACAGUGGGACAAAUGGCAUCAGUGUGUCCUCUGAGCCAUGUGCGUCAUCCUCGAAUAAACCCAUUUUAAGUGCAGCUGCCCCAACACUUACCUCUGAUAAAGCCAAUGAGGCUCAGCCAGAAACUUCUGCUAGCAUGUUCACCACAGAGGGCGUAGAGCGAGGGGAGCAAAGUUCGCAGCAGUCAUUUGUUUUUGGUCAGAAUCUUAGAGACAGAGUAAAGCUUGGAGCAGAAAAUAGCAAUUCACUUGAUGGGGAGAAGUCUGGUCCACAGAGUGCUGAUGCUCCAGCGCAGACUAACUACUUCCUACAGUACAUUAGCUCCAGCUUAGAGAAUUCAGCACACAAAGCAGAAGCAGCAAGCAACAAGUUUGUAUUUGGACAAAACAUGAUUGAAAGAGUUCUGAGUCCACCGAGAGUAGAGGCAAGUUCUGAUAGCAAUAAGGAAAAUACUGGUUUGGAGUCUGGAUCAGAAGGGUCUUCGUUGGAAAAUACUCCAGACAAGACCAAUAACAUCUCUGAAUCGUUAGCGGAAUCAGCAGCUGCUUACACAAAGGCCACAGCCAAACGGUGUUUACUGGAGAAAGUGGAAGUGAUCACAGGAGAAGAAGCAGAGAGUAAUGUACUACAAAUCCAGUGCAAACUGUUCGUGUUUGAUAAAGUCUCCCAGUCUUGGGUAGAGAGGGGACGGGGACUUCUAAGACUGAAUGAUAUGGCCUCCGCAGAAGAUGGCGCGUUGCAGUCUAGGCUGGUGAUGCGCACUCAAGGCAGUCUGCGAUUAAUUCUCAACACUAAGCUAUGGGCCCAGAUGCAGAUAGACAAAGCUAGUGAGAAGAGCAUCCGGAUAACUGCAAUGGACACAGAAGACCAGGGUGUUAAAGUUUUUCUGAUAUCUGCAAGCUCUAAAGACACAGGGCAGCUUUUUGCUGCUAUUCACCACCGCAUUCUUGCUCUGAGGAGUCGUGUGGAGCAGGAGUCAGAGACAAAGUGUCCUGAACCAAUUAGGGACGUGGCCCAGUGCAAUGAGGAAGACAGUGAUGAUGAUGACGUCCUUACGCCUUCUGUCACAACCACCGUUGCACCUAGUGACGAAGGAGACAAGCCACCUGCAUCCAGUACAUAGCACCUGCUUAACUUGUCUGCAUAAGAUGGUUGUCCUCACCUGGC